UCUGAGUCGGCGCUUCUUCCGCUCCCACUUCUUCCGGUCGGGGGACAGGAGUAACCUGGUGUGUUCGUCGCCAAGGCAACGUUGCUUGACGGGUGAAACACAGCCCCGUGUUUUGCUUUGUUUUUCUACCUUGCAGUGAGGGAAUCUGACAUUGUGAGGAAGAUGGUGAAUGUUUUGAAAGGAAUACUUAUAGAAUGUGACCCAGCCAUGAAGCAAUUUUUGCUGUACUUGGAUGAAUCAAAUGCCCUGGGAAAGAAGUUCAUCAUACAAGACUUAGAUGAAACACAUGUUUUUGUGUUGGCUGAAAUGGUUAACUUCUUGCAAGAGAGAGUUGGAGAAUUAAUGGACCAGAACUCUUUUCCUAUAACACAGAAGUAAAAAGUGGGGCUGGAUAUGGAUACAUAUGGAACUGAAAGCCUGUACAUUUUUCUGAGAAUUAAUUUAAGGGAGAUUAAGUAAUAGUCACUAUAAUAAGUGAGCUACCUACCCCCUCCCCACACACACAUCAAGAAUUCUUUUAUUGUUUUCAGUUUUGUCCUGAGUUAAAAAUAUAAUUGUGAUAAUAACUAAUUAAGUGUUUGCCAGUGCAAAUGAUUUUAGGAUUUGAUAGUUUGAGAUUCUUAGGAUCUCCUGUGCAGAGGUGGGUGGAAUGGUGAUAUUGAUAUUCAGUUAUUCUCUGUAAUUCUUUAUAGAGAAAGCCACCUUAAAACAUACAGGAUAAUAGAAUGUGAGGGACUUGUUUUUUACAUUUCCAAAGAAGACUAUUAAAUUUUGUAAUUUGAGUACUCUUGAAAAGCAUACAUUAAUAAUGUGCACGCUACAUGGUGCUGAAUAACUUAAAUUUGUUUUAUAACCUAGUCUUUUUUUAUUCGGGUUAGUAUAUUUCACUAGGUUCAGUGAGAUUUACUCCUGAAUUAAUGUGUGUAGGAUUAAUUCAAUUUCUUCAAUUUAGACACCGCCCUAUUCCAGAUUGACUCUUGGCAGCUCGCAAUAAAACAAGACAAAAUAAAUCAAUAAAGAGAAAGAGAACAAGAUGGCAAAUCUGAACAACCACCCAUACACAUACUGUACAAACAUAGCCAACAGCCCCACCACAACCGCCUCAGACCAAGGCUGGAGAACAGAAAGAUUUUGAAGGCUUGUUGGAAUGCCAACAGGGGAGGGAACCACACAGACCUCCAGGAGAAGCUGAUUCCAGGAUGGCAGCUAGUGUAUCAUUUUCACGUGAACUUUAUUUUUAAAUUUCCAGCUAUUUCCUGUUCAACAUUUUAUACCAUUACUAUAAAUCAUCCUGAAAAAAAACAACUGAUUUUAAAACAUUCAUCAAUGCAUGACUGUUCAGACAUGCAGUACCAUCCUAUGUAUGUUUAUUCUAAGGUCCUCCUGUAUUCCAUGUGUCAGUCUCAUUUCACUAUUCAUGAAAUGAUACUUCUAAGUAAAUUUCCAUAUGUUUGGAUUGGAGAUAAAUAAAUGGCUAUUGGUUUGGAACCAAGCUGAGAGUUGCCAUAAGAAUCUACAGAAAUGGCUCUCCUCCCAUUUUCUCUAGCAAGAGCUUACAUUCAUAGAAAAACUAGCUUCAACUCUGUAUUUGUAAAUGGUUGAGAAAUAUACAACCACAAGGGUAUUUUAGGUAGCCUUUUAAAAAUUUAGUUCUCCAAAAGUAUUUAUGUCAAUAUAGAUACUGGAUGAAAUGUUUAAGUUUUGUAUUACUCUGCUCAUGAAGAUGUUAAUUUACUAAUUUAUUAAGCUUGUUUUCUCUUUCAAUCCCAAAGGUGAAAUAGAAAAUAUCUAUUUAUGACAUGCAGAAAAGUGCUAAAUUUAAAUAAUUAAAAGUUGUACUUGAAGAUACAUUAAUGCUAGACAGUUGUAAAAAUAGACUUCUAAUAUUUGAAAGUGUUCAUGGCCCAUAAUAAUUGAAUAACAUUUGCAGCAAAGAUAAAAAAAAUACUUGUCAAAGAUCUGUACUGUCACUUUGCAUAGUUUGUUGUUAAUAAAUGUCAGGAUGUUCAAAA